ACCAGGAUACACACGUCUGUCCAGCCCCCACCUCCUUCUCUCUGCAAGAUUAAAACCAACCCAGCAGCCUGCACCUCCCUCCCUGCUGAGUCCUGCGUGGGGCACGAGGAGCAUUCUGCACCCAUUCACACUCUCGUUAACAGGACUCAUGACAGGCAACCAGAGAGUGUGAAUAUAUACGCCAAAUAUUCACAUGUGAGAAGUGAAGAAAACCAGCAGUGAAGAUGAAAAGCAACUGGAAAAUUACAACUUUUUUGUGUAUGUGUAGUUUUCUGGGGUCUUUCAUCUCAGCUACCAUCCAGCAACAAUCAAGACUGCCAGUCAUUCUGGGUGCUCGUCAGAGAACUGAUCUCUGCCCAACAAUCAGGAUUGGCCAAGAUGACUUACCAGGCUUUGACCUGAUUUCUCAGUUCCAGAUAGAAAAAGCUGCUUCUCAAGGAAUUGUCCAGAGAGUAGUGGGUUCCACUGCUCUACAAGUGGCUUAUAAAUUGGGACCCAAUGUAGACUUCAGGAUUCCAACCAGUGCAAUAUAUUCCAACGGAUUGCCUGAUGAAUAUUCCUUUCUUACUACUUUUCGGAUGACUGGAGCCACGCUUCAGAAGUACUGGACUAUUUGGCAGAUUCAGGAUUCUUCUGGAAAAGAACAAGUUGGAGUGAACCUUAAUGGUCCAAGGAAAAGUGUUGAGUUUUCUUAUAAAGGAGUGGAUGGAAGUCUCCAGACUGCAUCAUUUUUACAUUUGCCUUUCUUGUUUGAUUCCCAAUGGCACAAGCUUAUGAUAAGUGUGGAAACAACCAGUGUUACACUUUUUAUCGACUGUAUUAAAGUAGAAUCCCUAAACAUAAAACCAAAGGGGAAAAUCAGUGUUGAUGGCUUCGCCGUGCUUGGAAGACUCAAAAAUAAUCCUCAAAUUUCAGUUCCGUUUGAAGUCCAGUGGAUGCUGAUUCACUGCGAUCCCCUGCGGCCCCAGAGAGAAGGCUGUGGUGAGCUCCCAGCCCGGAUAAGCCAGACAGUGAUAGAGAGAGGUCUCCCAGGUCCACCAGGCCCCCCAGGUCCACCAGGGCCACCAGGAGUUCCUGGCAUUGAUGGCAUCGAUGGAGAGAGAGGACCAAAUGGCCCCCCAGGUCCACCGGGUCCGGAUGGGGAUGCAGGCAAAGCAGGAUCCCCGGGCCUGCCUGGAGAACCGGGAGCUGAUGGAUUAACGGGCCCUGAUGGAUCACCAGGAGCCACAGGACCAAAAGGACAGAAGGGUGAGCCAGGACAGCCAGGUGCUCGUGGACUUCCGGGCAAAGGUCUUCUUGGACCACCUGGUCCAGCUGGUGCUGCAGGACUUCCCGGUGAAGUAGGCCGUGCUGGCCCACCUGGAGAUCCAGGUAAAAGGGGGCCACCAGGACCACCAGGACCACCAGGCCCUCGAGGAACAAUUGGUCUGCAAGAUGGUGACCCACUGUGUCCCAAUGCUUGUCCACCUGGACGCCCAGGACAUGCUGGCCUAAUGGGAAUGAAGGGACAGAAAGGCUCAAAAGGAGAAUCUGGUGAACCAGGAAAACAAGGUUAUAAGGGUGAAGAAGGGGAUCAAGGACCCAUUGGUGAAGUUGGAGCUCAAGGCCCUCCAGGCAUUCUAGGAAUCAGAGGUAUAACUGGUAUAACAGGACCUAAAGGUAACAAAGGAGCUCGUGGCCUUGAUGGUGAUCCUGGUCCCCAAGGUCUUCCUGGUGCACCUGGAGAUCAAGGACAGAGAGGUCCACUGGGAGAAGAGGGUCCAAAGGGAGAAAGAGGUCCCCAAGGGGCAAGAGGAAUAAAUGGUCUCCCUGGGCCUAAAGGAGAGUCUGGCUUGCCAGGAGUUGAUGGCCGGGAAGGUAUCCCUGGAAUGCCUGGAGCAAAGGGUGAACCAGGAAAACCCGGUGCUCCAGGUGAUACAGGACCUCCGGGACUGCCAGGUUUACCAGGCUCUCCAGGUAUGAAAGGGAUUCCUGGCCCAAAGGGUAAUAGAGGUCCUCCUGGAGUGCCAGGUUUGAUGGGAAAUUCUGGCAAACCGGGUGAACAAGGACCAGAGGGAGAAGCAGGUCCAACAGGACCCCGGGGACCACCAGGUAGCAGAGGAGAGCCAGGUCCUGCAGGUCCUCCAGGUUUACCAGGGAAAUGGGGUCCCCAAGGUGACAUCGGACUUCCUGGACUGCCAGGUCCUCCAGGCCUACCUGGUGGUAAGGGUGACCGGGGUUCAGCGGGUGAACCAGGUCCUAAGGGUGAACAAGGUGCACCUGGACCAGAAGGAGAUGCAGGAGAAAAGGGUGACUUGGGUGAUAUGGGAUUACCAGGUGCAAAAGGAUCCGUUGGUAAUCCUGGAGACCCUGGUUCCCGUGGGCCUGAGGGAAGUCGGGGACUGCCUGGCAUGGAAGGGCCACGAGGCGCACCUGGACCACGAGGCUUGCAGGGUGAACAGGGUGCUCCAGGUCUGCCUGGCAGCCAAGGUCCAGCUGGAAAAGAACCAACUGAUCAGCACAUUAAGCAGGUCUGCAUGAGAGUCAUGCAAGAACAACUCUCUCAGCUGGCAGCCAGUCUUAGGCGGCCAGAAUUUGGUGCUCCAGGUCUUCCUGGCCGACCUGGACCUCCGGGUGCUCCAGGGCCUCCUGGGGAGAAUGGUUUCCCAGGACAGCUUGGACCCCGUGGCUUGCCUGGCCUUAAAGGUCCCCCUGGUGAAAUUGGUCGUAAAGGUCCUAAAGGUGAAGCAGGAGAAAGGGGAGAAAGAGGAUUUCCAGGCAGAGGAGUAAAAGGUCUCCCAGGACCGAGAGGUCUCCCAGGUGAACCAGGCAAACCCAGCUAUGGCAGGGAAGGCCGUGAUGGUGUACGAGGUCCCCCUGGCGUGGCCGGUCAGCCUGGGAUUCCCGGUCCUCCUGGCCCUCCUGGCCCUCCUGGGUACUGCGAGCCGUCAUCUUGCCGAAUGCAGGCUGGACAGAGAGCUGCUGGUAAGAACAUGAAAGGGCCAUGAAUGGGCAACGCAAGAUCCACAAAGCAUUAGCAUCAAGUUACUUCCUGCACAGACAGCUGAGAAAAAAAAUAAGGAAUGGAGGAGAAACACAACCUUGAACCCAAGAUUUCAGUAAGGCAUUUUGAACACAGUGGUUGUACAUUGUUUGUAAAGGCGUACUUAGCAACGCAAGCUGGAACAAUGGUGCUUACAAAAAUACACAGGAAAAGUCUUUUGGCUCUUUCUCCCUUUGGGAAAAGAAAGGCACAUGUUAAUUAGCAUUGUUUUUAAAUAAAGUGUUGCCAUGAACACUUCUUCACCCAUACUGAAUUUCAUUGUAUGAUGUACAGUGAAAGAACAUGUCUUUGGACAUAAAAUAAAAAAAGGAAUAGUUUGUUUACUUCCAUUGUAGCUAUUUAUUUUUGUGCUUGUAAAAGAAAAUCUAGAGCUCCCUUGAGCAGAUUACAUCGCUUCAUAUGCAGUCACUUCAUUGCAUGUACGUACUCUACAGGAUACACUAAGCCUCCCUCAGCUCUUUGCUUCCAUUGUAGAAAUGCAGGUGGGAGACUGUUCUCACAGAAAGCCGCUGCUGCUGCCAUCUUUUAUGCUUGUAAAUCUCUGUAAAUGUACGAUCACUGGGUUCUCGUGGAUAAGCCAUGUGGAAUAACCUCUUCAUUUUCCACUUCAAUUUGUGUUGCAUUCUUAAUUUCAGAUGAAGCCUACUCCAGCUCGACUCCUUCUAUGUGAAUUUUAAAAAAAAGGCAGGAAGCCACUGUCAGGGUAAUGCUGAGUCCCAGAAAUGUACUAGUUUUGUAGCCAAAAUUACGUAUUUUGAAGUCAUGUCUGUGGUUGUACAAAAACUCAACUAAAUGAUGUCUUAACUCCCUGUAUGCUUUUGUAUGUAUGUUGACAUUCAAUACCAAUAAACAGAACAGCUAGAAGACCACCCAAGUUGCCUUUUUUAGAUAAACUCAAGUUCAGAGAAAAAUAUGCAAUGUGGGUAUUUUGUUUCUCUCUGUAUAAAUUAAAGUGUUUUUUUGACUUACCUUUUCUGAAGCAUGUUCUUUCUCAAAGAUGACAGUGAAACAGUCCUAUGGCAUUCUCUUUCAUUUUGCUAUUAGUCACCCAAAUUUUAAAAUACAAAU